CCGGGCUCCACGUCGCGAAGACACACUGCCAAUCUCUACCCCAUAUUCUCUGCUGCACCUUCCUUGUACCCUCUUUCUAAGCCUCAAGCGACGGUAUCUCUCCGCCCCCUGCUGCCCAUCAUCCUCUCCAGCCCAGCUCAGCUCAUUUCCUUCCCGAUGUCCAACAAUACACCAUCUUGAGCACACUGAAGCUCCUGUAUAAUCUUCGAAAUUCGUAACGUGGGUUGCUCAGCGGCAGCCUCGAAUCGUAGCAGCUCCACCAACACAACCUUGUUUGGUCGGCCGGACACUUGGUACGCUUCCAGGGGCCAUCUCCAUGCGCACGACAUUCUCAUGCCGCCAAUGCCGCCCUACUUUCCUCCGGAGUCAUAAUGGAAGGUACCAAGCAAAACCGAUAUGAGUAUCGACCCCUAAAUCUCGAAGAGAGAGAGAUUCGCCUCGUCGAAAUCUUACCAAUUGUCGACAACGUACACAUUCGAUUGCACACAUACUCCCUCGAUAAGCCUCCAGCAUAUGAAGCCCUUUCAUACGCAUGGGGGCCUCUAACCACCCCCCCAAAGGACAUAUUAUGCGAAGGUGCACAUAUCGGGAUCGGCUCGAAUCUCAACGAUUUCUUGGUAACGAUGCGUGGACUGUUACUUGCGCACGGGCGACGGCGCUGUCCCUUGAUUUGGAUAGACGCCAUAUCUAUCAAUCAGAAAGAUGCUGUGGAAACGAGGGCUACAAUCCAAUGGAUGCCGAAAAUCUAUGUAAAGGCUACACGUACUCUCUGCUGGUUGGGGAGGUCCCCUCUGCCUGGGUUUCCGGUAUUAAGAGACACUAUGUGCAACCUUGUGGAUUCUAUGCAGGACUUCAUAUCGUUUUCAGAUGUGGACCAUACUCGAUCGCGUAUCAAAGUUGGACCCGAAGGUCUUCAGAGAUUCCGGGCUUCAACGCAAGCCGCCCCCGAGGUUGACUGGGAAUGCCUAGACCAAAUCCUAAGCGACACUUACUUCACGAGAGCAUGGAUUUUGACGGAUUUCAUUACCUCACCGAACCUUGUACUCCUUCGUGGCGAGAGCGAGAUUCCUUGGACGUUAUUUGCGGACUUUUUACUAUUAUGCGUACUCUUCAACACUGGCUCUGUACCUGGACCCAAAGGAGCGAUUAACGUGAUCAUAUGCGAGGCUCUGAGACUUCGUUUCCACAGUAUGCAUGCGGAAGUACCAACGAGCGCCGAAAUUCUCUUGGCCUUCCGAUACUGUAGCGCAGCUACUACUUAUCUAAGUGACUAUGUUAAUGCCCCGUAUACGAUCAUCCAUUUGCUCCACCCGGAAGUGUCCGUCAGACUGGGAAUAGACUAUCACACGGACCCGGUGGUCUUUGCCAACACUUCGAAAUUCCUAAACGACGAUUCCAAGAGUCUCAUCAGCCUCAGCCUCCUAGGCGGAAUGCCUCAGCCUCAAUUCGACAGAACUACAGAAUCCUGGGCAAUCAACUGGGAUCGCCCUUACACGCGGUUCCUACUGAAUCAUCCGAAGAGCACGUUCUCGGCAACGAAGGAACAUGAGGUCCACGCUUCCUACUUUCUGUCUGAAGCAGAGCCAAACACCCUGAAGUGUACCGGCCUCGUAGCCGAUACACUUCUAGGGGUAUCUAGCUAUCUCCCGGCCCGCCGCCCGUGCGACCAUUACAACGUAAAUGGCAGUAAUUCCUACGUAUUUGACGAGUGGUACGCGUUCGUUACUGGAAACAUUCGCUCUCUCAAGAAGGAGGCCGACUUAUUGCUAGAAUUCGCGGACACCAUUCAAGCAAAGGGUUCUAACCAUGUCUGGGAGCGUCAAGAUUGCAGUCCCGCCGAGCGCGUUCAGCAAGUAAAAGAGUUCCUCAACUAUCUGGAGGACGAAGACGUGCCUCUGACGGACACUAUCAGAAUAUUCUACGCUGCGUGUUACCAGUCGCAUGACAGGAGACUUGCUGUUACUAAAAGCAAGCGCCUUUGCCUUGUGCCGAAGGAUGCAAAGAGCGGCGAUCUCGUUUGUGUCUUGCACGGGAACAGGGUACCGGUUAUUUUCAGGCCAAUCCGUGAGACCCCCAUGGGCUACAAGAAUAUUGGGGAAGCUUAUGUGCAUGGGAUGAUGCAGUAUGAGACAGCAGGGCUUGAAGACAUUCCAGAAGGAGAAUUCAUGGUGUAUUAGAGCACGCCGCACGACUGAAAUGAUAUAAUUUAGUCACCAUCGACUAUGCUUCGCUUCCAAGCGAGCACCAACAAGCCCAUUACUAUUCCUCUGCUCAACCCUUUUUCCGUCCCAAUUUCGAUGCCAAGCGUUUGAAAAGAGACAACGAUCUUCCCUUCGGUGGACCGGUGUCUGAAGGGCUAGUAUCCUCGGGUUUGGGAACGAAACUCGGGAUCGCGAGGGUAGUUUGCGCGUCCCGUGAUCUCCCAGCUGUUGUUAGUUGACUAUCCGCAUCAAGGCCUGACGUUUGGCCCGUAGUUUCUUUCUUUCUCCU